CGCCGUACUCAGCGGACGUGUUUGUAUGCUCGUGUGCUUUGACAAUACGCUACGUGCUAUCGUUAACUGAAUUUCGUUAUUUAUUUCGUGUGUGAAAAUCUGCUGACAGUGACAGGAGUGUUUGUACAGUGUUUGUACAGAGUUACAUUUUUAUACGGAAACUUGAAUUAUAUUUUCAACAUUUUAUUAUUGAUUUUUUAAUGUGCAUGUGGACGGAUCAGUGAACUUUUGGAUUGCGUUUUGGAUUUGGGUAGUGCUGUGAGUCCGCCAUUGCCACCUACUGUGUUCAGAUGUAAACAGGAUUUACAUUGUUAGGAUGCCAAAGAAUUAUCCGGUAACGGCGAGACGUAAUUGAUCCUGCCGGCCGGAUGAUAAGUCGAAGGCUUUUAAAGAGCUAGCGACGUAUGCGUGGUGGUCGGCGCGUUGGAUGGCCGCACCUAUGCCGCAGCGGGGCAAGUUCGACGUCCGCCGGAGCAUCGCCAGGUGACCUCGGGGCACUGUCGCCCCGCUUUAUGUCAUAACAAAAGUUGCUGCUGAAGAGGAGCGGACUGCGGGGCGUGAGAUAGCGUGGCCGCACAGCUGCCAGUAGGCCCGCCGCCCGCCGCCAGAGCGAGCUGGCCACAGCAAACAACGACAAUACAACGCCAACCGACAUGUGUUCCAACCAACUUAGUACCUAAGCAACGUCAAAUUAUUUACGUCGAAUAAUGAACGAUCCGUCCGAAACGCUGCCAAACGUUUUAAACGAAUUUAAUUUUAGUGCUAAUAAACUUAAGUGUGUAGAUCGCGAGUGCUAGUGUUAGUGAGCUUUAGGACUGCGCCAUCUGGCGUGCAGUAGGCGCGACAACGUGGCGGGGACGCAUGCGCCGUCGGGGCCGGCGCUGGCGAUGCCAUUUAUUGAAGACGAGUGGUGGACAGCCGAAAAUGAGGGCAGGAUGGUCGACCUCUCCAAUUGCCUGCAGGACGCGGUGACGGGCGGCGGCGGGCAGGCGGCGACGCUCCAACAGAUGGCGUCACUGGGCGAGCUGUCGCAGGCCGAGCUCAGCAACAUCGUGGGUCUCGCCGAAACCGACGGCGACGACCCCGAUGACAUCCUCAAGCAGCUCGGCGAGACCGCCUUCGACAACUUCGACACAUUCUUUACCGACCUCACCAACUCAACUGCGACGCCCGUGCCGCCCAUCGAAAUUAAGCAAGAGGAAAACAACAAUAUAUCGCCGGCGUCCGGAAGUCAAAUGCAAGGGCAGUACUAUCAGCAAAGCCAGAUCGCCGCGCCCCACAAUGGACAGCAGCGACUACAACAGCUGCUGCGCUCCGGUACCAGCGCCAUCAACAACGUGGUGGCGAAUAACAUAAGCAAUGGCCGCUAUAACAUUGCUUCUGCAAAUCCACUGCUCGCGGAGAAACUUGCCGCGACAUCUAGUGGUAUAAAGCAGGAACCCAUGAGCUCGGAUUACAACGGAACGGGGAUGAGUUAUGGAAACGCUUCGCCGAUGCAGCGAGUGCCGAGUGGGAAACCGCAAGUGCAUGAUGCUGGUGGAGGUAAAGUGGACGGCGAGCCAGGAACGCUGGCGUUGGGCGCGCGCGGGUCGCUGGGUCGCGCGUUGCUGCACGGCCUGCUGGCGCCCGCACCCGCGCCCAGGCACCACCACCUCUACACCGCGCCCAACACCGGGUCGCUGCCUCCAUCUCCAGCGGACAGCGGCGUUUCCGACGUGGAGUCGUCGUCGUCGGGCGCGGGGUCGGCGGAGGAGCUGAAGGCGCGUCUGCAACCGCCACCUCCCGCGCCCUUCCCCGCACCCUUCCUGCCCUUCUACCCGCACCACCAGCUCGCCUCCUCGCUGCAGCACCACGUCGCCACGCACACCAGGCCGCCGGUGGGCGCGGUGAACGAGCGCGAGGCGUACGGCUACGGGUACGGGGGCGGGGGAGCGGGCGGGGGUGGGCACCACUUCGCUGCGCCCGCGCCCCCGCCGCUGGCGCACGAAGAGCUGCCCUACUCCGUAUUCGACUUCGGCGACUACCAGCGGCAUCACCACCACAAUAAGUUGAAGCCGAAGAAGAGGCCGCGCAGCGACGUGCCCCCCGCGCCCGGCGUCAAGCGCAAGAGCCGCGAGGGCUCCACAACGUACCUGUGGGAGUUUCUGCUCAAGCUGCUGCAGGACCGCGAGUACUGCCCGCGCUACAUCAAGUGGACGAACCGCGAGAAGGGCGUCUUCAAGCUGGUGGACUCCAAGGCGGUGUCACGCCUCUGGGGUUUGCACAAGAACAAGCCCGACAUGAACUACGAGACGAUGGGCCGCGCGCUGCGCUACUACUACCAGCGCGGUAUCCUCGCGAAGGUCGACGGCCAGCGGCUCGUCUACCAGUUUGUCGACGUGCCCAAGGACAUCGUCGAGAUCGACUGUUCUCUGGCGUAGGCGCUGUGCGCCCACUGGCGCCCUCCUGCGCUCUCCCGCGCCCUCCCGCGCCCUCGGGAAUCUCGGAUCGUGGACGGGACUUUCUGUCAUACGUAACUAAUUCUAGAGUCGUGUCAUGUUCCGCUCUUUCAUUACGUUUUCCACUAACUACUUUAUAAACUUUCUAUUUGUCAAAUCGUCGUGCAUGUUACGUUCUCCGAUCGCUUCUAAUGUUGUUCUUAAGAUAAAUGUUAUUCUCAAAUCGUACUAAUAUAAUCUUUAUUAUGGAAUUUAAUAUUUAUACAAAAUAGGAGACGAAAUUGAUUGCUCAAAUGUUUAUAUAUUACCUAUUUUUAGGGGAAUUUCAGAAUGGAAUACUAAAUUUGCUAGAUGUUAUUUGCGGAUGGAGUGAGUUUUGUAUGAUGUUGAAACGAAUUUUUAAAUGUUUGUAAUGAAAUUUCUAUACAUAUAUUGCAUAUAUUUACUGUCGAUAGACACUUCCUCGAUCGACUGUACCUUCUGUAAGAAAUCUGAACUUCCUACCUCAAAACUACGCAAAAAAUACAUAUUAUAAAUAUACAAUUUAUUCAAAUAAUAGAUACAGUUUUUACGAUUUGCAAUAA